AUGAGCUGCUCACUUUCACAGAAACUAGCGGAUGAGGACGUGGCUUUCGAGGUCCAGAGUCGAGAUCUCUCUCAAUUGCUGUUGACCCCUCUUCCUUAUGGCCAAAUAGUGGAACUCCCGAAGGGCGUCGUUACUUUUGAUCGCUACAUGAACUACAAAGAAAUAAUGUCAUACAUAGAAGAAUUACCCAGCAAGUACCCAGAUAAGGUUAAUUUAGAGGAGCUUGGUCGUAGCAACGAGGACAGACCCAUAUACCUUAUCACAAUUAAUAGGAACAAUAACUCUCGCAAAACUGAGAAGCCUGUCAUAUUCAUUGAAUCAGGGGCGCACGCGAGGGAGUGGGUGUCCCCGGCCUCGGCGCUGUACCUGGUGGAGCGCCUGCUGGAGAGCCCGUCCCUCCUGCGCAAUGCCGAGUGGCGCGUCGUCCCGCUGCUCAACCCCGACGGCUACGUCUACUCCUGGAACCAUGACCGUCUGUGGAGGAAAAACCGGGUCCCCUCGUCUGACCCUCAGUGUUUCGGCGUCGAUUUGAACAGGAACUUUGCAUACCAUUGGGGAGAGGUUGGCAGUAGCACUAAGCCCUGCUCUGCCAUAUACCAGGGUCCUCAUCCAUUCAGUGAACCCGAGACACAAGCGCUUAGGGAUGCUGUCCUUGAAGUUCAGAAUAGAACCAAGGCCUAUCUGUCGCUUCACUCAUACGGGCAAUUGUUCCUGUAUCCUUGGGGUUACACCACAGCAGUCAACCACUCUAAAACAGGAGAACUGGUGACCAUGGCAGAAGGAAUGGCAAGGAAGAUAAAGUCUGCAAGUGGAGCAAAUUACACCAUUAGUGGCAAUACAGGCAUAUUCCUGAUAGCAGGAGCCUCAGACGACUGGGUGGCGAGCCUGGGCGUGCCCUUCGUAUACACCAUGGAGCUCAGGGACACAGGGAAUUCAGCCUUCCAUCUUCCUGAAGAGCUGAUCGCCUCAACGGGAGAAGACCUCUGGGCAGCCAUGAAAUAUCUUGGAAGGCAACUUGAGAAGAAGAAGAAACGCAAGAGGAACUAAUGAGAGUUCUCUGGACAAAGAGCAACUAGGGGAACAAAGCCUCUAUUUCGUCUUGUGGAUUAUGUAUUUUAUUUGGAAAGGAUCAGCACACACACACACACACACACACACACACACACACACACACACACACAAACACACACACACACACACCUGAGUAUGAGUAUAUGCAUCCGGUAGUGGGAUUUUGGUCCUGAGGAAUAUGAAGUCACGUCUUAGCCGCUAUUGGUCCCAGGCCCACUUCGACCCAGAGUGGAACACCUGUUAGGGUCCUCCCAUCUAUGAGAUAAAUAGAAAUAUAAGGGUAGAGAAGACUCUUUAGCCUUGGCUGGCAGCUCUUCUUGAGACUGUGUCUCAAUAAAAACAUUGCCAGGAAAGGCAAUGGGAAACCACCUUGACUGAUCUUUCCCUUGUAUUUAUGGCAAAUAUCUCAGGAAAUGUCCCUCAGUCCCGAGGAAAAGACUUGUCAAAUUAAGUGAAUUAACAGAGAACAAAGGGUCAUGGAGAAAAUGGAUGCCAAAAAUGAGCUGUCGUAGGACAGAGCACUAGAAGAGAAUAUAUAUAUAUAUAUAUAUA